UGAUCAUAUGAACCCCGGCCCGCCACUGCGACUGUCCCCGCUAUCGCGACAGCGGCCGCCAUGUCGGCUCCGGCCCCGCCUCCCCUGCGUCACUUCCCGUGCGGGCCCCGGCGAGGAGGAGAUGGCGGCGCUGGGAGAGCCGGUGCGGCUGGAGCGAGAUAUCUGCAGAGCAAUCGAGUUGCUGGAAAAAUUACAGAGGAGUGGAGAAGUGCCACCACAAAAGCUACAGGCUUUGCAAAGGGUCCUUCAAAGUGAAUUCUGUAAUGCUGUAAGGGAGGUCUAUGAACAUGUAUACGAAACUGUGGAUAUCAGCAGUAGCCCAGAAGUUAGAGCUAAUGCAACAGCAAAGGCCACUGUAGCUGCGUUUGCUGCCAGCGAAGGUCAUUCCCAUCCCAGAGUGGUUGAACUACCCAAAACCGAAGAAGGUCUUGGAUUCAACAUUAUGGGAGGCAAAGAACAAAAUUCUCCAAUCUAUAUCUCUCGAAUUAUCCCUGGCGGUAUAGCUGACAGACAUGGAGGCCUGAAACGUGGAGACCAGCUGCUUUCUGUCAACGGAGUGAGUGUCGAAGGUGAACACCACGAAAAAGCAGUGGAACUGCUGAAGGCAGCGCAAGGAAAGGUGAAAUUAGUUGUGCGAUACACGCCAAAGGUCCUGGAAGAAAUGGAGUCAAGAUUUGAAAAAAUGAGAUCAGCAAAACGCAGGCAGCAAAAUUAACACUGUAUGCAAUAACUUAAAGAGAAAAUAUAUUCCAUUUACAUUUUAUAGUUUGCUUUGUGACUCAGUUGAUCCAAUGCCUGGGCUACGAGAGACCGUGUCCUUUACGUAGAAUCGCAGAACGGUUGAGGUUGGAGGAACUUCUGGAGCUCAUCCAGCCCAACCUCCUGCUCAGAGAAGGGGCAGCUGGAGCAGGUUGCUCAGGAUGGUGACAAGCUGGGGUUUUGAGCAUCUCCAAGGAUGGAGACUCCAGAAGAUCUCUGGGCAACCUGUUCCAGUGUUUUGAUCUCCCUCACGCUGUGAAGGUCCAUUCUUAGUUUAAAUGGAGCUUCCUGUGUUUCCAUUUGUGCCCGUUGCCUCCUGUCCAGUCACUGGAUGCUACUGAGAAGAGUCUGGCUCUUUUUUAACUCUUCCUUAUCAAUCAUUUACACACAUUAGUAAGAUCACCCUUGAGCUUUCUCUUCUCCAGACUAGACAAUCCCAGUUCUCUCAGUUUCUCCUUGUCUCUCAGAUGCUCCAAUCACUUAAUCACCUUUGUGGCCCCUCGCUGGAAUCACUCUUGGAUGUCCUUUGUCCAUAUUGAACUGGGGAGCCCAAAACUGGACCCAGCACUUGAUUUGUGCCUCACCAGGGCUGAGCAGAGGGGAAGAAUCACCUCCCUCGACUUGGCAACGCUCUUCCUAACGCAGAGGGUGUGUGGUGGCUCAUGGUCAGCUUGGUGGCCUUCUCUGGAGCUGGUCACCCCCCAGCCUGUGCUGCCGCAUGGGAUUAUUCCUCCCCAGGUGUAGGACUUCACGCUUGCCUUCCCUGAGGUUCUCGUUUGCCUGUUUCUCCAGCCUGCUGAGGUCCCUUUGAACGGGUCCCCAAGAGCGUGCUGUGUCCCACCACCCACGUUAAUCACAAUGUGAAAUAACGUGGAGCCCAGGACAAACACUGGGGUGCACCAGUAGUGACCGCAGGACUCUGUGCCGCUGAUCACAACAGCCCUCGGCGGUUCUGCCGCUUGUAGAAUGUUUUCAGUCUCCAUGUAUUUCACAGAAUGUGUACUUAUAAAGUGGCCUAAGAUACCCUCAAAAACCCAUGUGUUGAUAUUUCUAUUGAUAUUUUCUUUUUAAUAAGUCUCUUUCAUGUCAGAUCUUUAAGCAUGAAAGUGAAUUUACAGAUUUUUUUCAAAGGAAUUUAAUAAGACAUCCUUGUACAAUUGGCAUCCCUUUUUUCCUGUUUUCUUUUGGCAUCACUUAACAUAGAAUCUAGGGGUUUUUUUCUGAAUUAUUUUGAAAAAAAGAUGUAGCAGAAUUUUGGCACUUUUCUUAAGAAUAUGUUGUAUAUCAACUACAAAAGCUAAUCAUGAUCUACUGUGUAGCUGAUAAUGAUACCAGAUUUUGUAAUUUUUUGGUGAGUACGUUAUUUUUACACUUCUGCUAAAUUGUAAUUCAUUACUCUGGAAAUUGUAUUACCUCACCUGUAAAUAAUUUACAGUUGGUGUUCUCAUAUAAUGAUUUUGUAAUAGCCGACAUUUACAAAUUUGCAACAAUCAUUCCUGUAACUUAUAUUAUUUGAUACUAAUUUUAAAGCAGUUAAGGGAAAAAAUGUAAUUGUGUGUGCAGUCCUGGAUUGACUCUCUAGAUGAUAUUUUUAUAUUUAGAAACAGAAGAUAUAUUAGUGCACUGCAAAAGAAUUCCAGAUGCUUCCCUGACUUUCUGCUGUUUAAAAGAAAUAUUCAUCUUAAUUGUCAUACAUCUCUUGUGUUUCUUAGUAUGUUCUAUUGUAGUCUUACCUACAGACUGACUGUCUUAGUCUUGGAAUAGUUAGCACCUAAAUUAUUAUCACAUUUAUAAGAGUAAAAUGUUCUGAGGCUUAUAUGCCAGGUUACAGUGACAUGUGAACUUGUCUGGGGUUUUGUUACCGACUGCUUCCAACUUGGAGGAUCCUUGUUUGUACCACAGCAUCACCAUUAUUAAUAUUAUGUGGAAUGGUGCUGUGGUGGUAAUGAGGGAAUCUCCAGCUGUAAGCGAUUAAUGUCUUAUCUCAAGUGUAUGCUGUUUUGAAGAUGAUUUCUGGACAGAGGUCCACUUCUUGGAAUCUACCAGGUUUGAGGCUGUACGUGUGUACUUUAGAUUUUGGGGUAUUUUUAAAAUUAUUUUUUAUUAUGUUAUUUAGAGCUUCACCUUAUGUAUCUAGAAUUAACUUGGUUGUCUACUGGGUGUCCAUUCACUUGUAUGGCAGAUAUGAGUGCAUCCUAAUUGACUCUUAGUAAUUGGAUUCUUUGAAGCUUAAACGGCAAAGUGCAGUUCUUAAUACGUGGCUAAUCCCUGGUCUUUUCACGUGGAGCGGUAUGAUCCAUUGUGAAAUAAUUCAGUAUGUGAAAGAAAGGCUAAGGUUAGUGAUCUAAAAAUGACGGCAGGAGGUUUGUGCUUUGCCUGUUAAUCUGUUGGAAAAGAAGAAACAUAAUUGCCACAGGCAAGUGAGAGAUGUGGUUGCUUUCUGCGUGUUUCUAGGCAUGGUAAGCCUGCAAAGGGAAAUUUGGAUUUUAAAGAUACUGAUAGUUUGAGAAUGCAGUAUAAAUAUUUAUCAGUUAGAUGACAUUGAGCACUGAAUUGCAUGGUUGAUUAUCUAUCACGAGCCUCUUUCAAAAGGCCUCGUGUUGCUGAUGCAACCGUGUUGUUGAAUUGUAUAUUUUUAUGGAACAACUAAUGUUUAAAGUAUUGAGACCAAAAUCACUAGUUAGACCAAUUGUGGAUGUGUUUUAAUUUAAUUGUAAGAUACUAGAGAUUUGUUUUAGAGCUAUAUAUAAAUAUCUAUAUUAAGGAAAGGUAUGGAUACAAGAUAGAAAUGUGCAUUUUAAAACCUGUAUCCCUCUCGUUACUGAACAAAGAUACGUGCUUUGUUACUCUACAGAAGUAUCUACUCUAGUGCAGCUAGAGCUGCUAAAUGCAGUAGCAUUUACAUUCUGAAUUGUAGCAUUUGGAUACGGUUUGUCAGCUACUACGAAAUGUGGGGAGGUGUAUCUGGGCAUAUAAAUUGUAUGUGUAGAAUUUAAUUAAAAGUUUUUAAAUUGCAACGCCAACGCAAAAUCCAAUAAACAGAUAACUCAUUAACAGUCAUCUUUAAUACUAUGAAAAUCAUGUGAUACUAAGGAUGGGAUGGAUUAAAAUACGCCAAGAAACUUGGUCUGUGUUACUACUGAGCGGUGCCUGUACUGUGUUCAUAUGCAGUCCCUACACUUCCCAUCCUUGGGUAUGCAAACGGAUUAAGAAGUAUCAUUUCUGCAGAUAAUAACUUCUGCAUCUGUUGCUGCUGUGAGGGAUCUUUGGGUUUUAUCAACCGAAAAAUAAAAGUUCAAUUUCA